CAUGUUUUCAAUAACACGAGGUAGAACUUUGUUAGUAAAUAAACAGCCGUUUCGAAGGACCGCACGAAUCAGCCAACGCUGCUUCUGAUAUUUCAAAAUGAACUUAGAUAUUUCUGAUUUCACUGAUUUGCCAUUAAAAUUCAAAGAGCAGGACAACGCAUACCAUCACGUGUUGGUUAGGGAAAAUGUUUCGAAAACAUUGAACAAACUGAAACCAAACCACAGGACGCUAUUGGUGCUCAACGUCCCUCCUUAUGCGACAGCUGAAUCAUUAAAGCUCGCUUUCAGCACCGGUGGGCCUGUGAGCAAUGUUAUCAUUCAGGAAAAACCAUCCGAUAGUGCGGAACAGCAAAGAGAGAAUAUAAGCAAGUUCAAAGUUGCGUACAUUGUGUACGACCAAUCAGCUUCAUUGGGAAAACUGUUAAAGACACAAAAACUGAACGCUUUGAAUUCCGAUGGAAAAUUACUUACUGGAAUCGAUAAAUGGACCAAGAUGUACAUGGAUCGUAUUCCAGAUCCGAUUCGGUUGCAACAGGAGAUCGAUAAAUAUAUGGCUAGCUACGAUCGCAACGUUGAGCAGCAGAAGAAUAAAAACGGAGCGGAACAGGACGAUGAAGGUUGGGUGACGGUAUCUAAAUCGAAUGCGAAUACUUUCUCGCAGACGGAAGGCACUGUGAACAAACUGGAGGAGAAAAUUGGCAAAGAUCGACAGACUAAAGAGCUUAAGAAUUUCUACACGUUCCAACUACGAGAGUCCAGGAAGAACGAUAUAGUGAGCUUAAGGAAGAAGUACGAUCGAGAUGCACAGAAAAUGACCCAGAUUAAGAAAACUAAAAGAUUCAAACCUUUUUGAGUAAUA